AUGGCCAUGGCACGCCCUGGUGUACUCCGUGGAGGGAAACUUCCUACGUACUUGUGGGGGAGGAGUGAGACCUUCAAUAAAAACAUUGUCCGCGUUCAAGCUGGUACUAACAUUAAAAUGAACCCAGAUGUCGAGAGCAUAACGGUUGACGAAAUCAGGCAUUUCAACUUCAACUACACAGCAUAUUUGAACGAUAUUUUGUUGCUGAAGUUGAGUAAACCAUUGGUGUUUAGUCUAUCCAUUCGACCUGUUUGUCUCAAUAGUUUAAACGUUGCUGAAAGUCUUUAUGACGUGUGCGUUUUCACUGGCUAUCCAUCUAAUGGCAAUACACUUGGCUGGCCCAAACCAGUUCUAAUGAAGGCGAGGAUUAAACCCAUAACUGAAUCCGACUGUAAGAAGUUGUUCGUCAAUCUAACUGGAAGGGGUGAAGAAAACUUUAAGGUCGCUUAUGAUAAACAGCUUUGUGCUUUAACUGCCAAGAAGGAUACAAAAAUUUGCAAGGGAGAUAGUGGCGGAGCAUUAGUGUGUAGAAAUUCCGAAUUACAGUGGUUCCAAAUCGGGAUAUUCAGCUCUAGUUAUUACAUAGGCGAAAAUUUCUGUGUUAUUCCCAUUUCUACUAGAAUAUCCUAUUAUUAUCAGGAUAUCUUGAGGGCUAUUCAGUGAAAUUUCUGACAGAAAAAUGUUAUUUUGUAAUUUAAUGAAAAUUAUACGAAUAAUUUACUUAACUCUUAGUUAACUCUAUUAAUUUAUUAAUUAAUUUAUUACUUGUUUAUCAAUUAUUAAUAAUUAAUUAAUUGUUUAUUGAGAAUUUGUGUUGUACACUAAGUUUUUUAUUGUGUAAAUUUAUCUUCAAUCUCGUAUGUAGAAUAUAUAUACGUCUAA